AUGGAAUUGGACUUGAGCUCCGGGAACUCUGCCACCCGCAACGCGACUGCAUCGCUCUGGAAGCCAACAAAAAGAGCCAAGCCAUCUAACGAGUUCACCAAAAUCAGUAGUCGCACACGGAAGGCCUCGUUUGAUGGUCUUCUUAGACGGGUCACAGCCGUCGGCAUACAAUCCAUCAAACUCAAAUGCUUCAACUACGUAUUGAGUCACCACGAGGAGAUCUUGAUCCUGCCCGGCCACUACCAGAUGCUCCACUGGCUCACACCUUGUUUUGAAAACGAUAUGUAUAUGGAGGUGUAUUAUUGUUCAAAUCUUUACUGUAUACUUGUCAAGAGAUGCCCCUGGAUGGACAUGUGCUCGGAAGUUAUUGACAUCAAGCGAGUUCACAGAGAAGAACAAGAACUAAACCUAAAAUCAUCUCCUGUGGGAAUAUUUAACUCCAAAUCUUUUUCAAAUGGCUGGAAAACCUGCUUGAUCUUUUCUGCAUCAACGGCCUUAAGAGACGAGGGUUCCCACUGCACAAGUUUCGAGAAUGAAUGA